CUGUAAGAGCUUGGGUAGUAGGCUGGUGUUGGAGGAAUGCCUCUCAUAUCGGGUGACCCAUUGCCCCACGGCCUUUGCUCCUUGCCUAGCUCGCAGCGAGGGAGUGCUCCUGGCAGGUGCUGUAUCCCGUGUCACAAAAGCACCUUUCUGCACAACGGGGCUAAAGAGAAUGGGCCACAGCACAGUGGUUCUCCUUGGGUCAGCUCCAGCCCGCCAUAGUGGGAUUUCAGACCUCCCCCUGUGCUUCCAGCGAAUACCCUCAUUGGUGGGGAUGUUCUUUCACCCAAGGCUGGCAGAGAUAUCAGAGAGACCUGGAGCUCCUGGUGCUGCCUCCAAGACAUCGCAAGAGCGGAUAAAUGACCGUACUACUUAUGCAUAACUGGAUCCCAGUCAACCAUGAGGAUUAUCUCCUGUCACUCGACUCUUGUGGUUGUUGUUGUGGUUACGCUCACUGUGGUCUCCUGCACUGAAGCCAAGACUACACAGAAACCAAAGUACCAGUACACCAAGAAGCCCGUCUCUCAGAUCACCAUGCACAGCCCCGUCACGACCAGCAUGCCAAAGAUUCUCAAGACUGUACCGACCGCAAAUCCAGUGCCGCCGCACCGGGAGCCCACCACAGAGAGGACCACAUACCCAAGUCAUGUCUUUCCACAGUACUACAGUGAGGGCACUGAGCCCCCAGGUGCCGGCCCUGAGAACUACACCCUGGAUUACAACGAGUGUUACUUCAACUUCUGCGAGUGCUGUCCACCUGAGAGGGGCCCCAGGGGUCCAAAGGGAGACAGAGGCUUGGCAGGGCCACCAGGUGAUAGAGGCCUUGCAGGAGCAGCUGGUUUACCUGGCCCACCUGGUGUGAGUGGUCCCAUGGGGUUCAAAGGAGACAGAGGUGAUAAAGGUGACAGAGGAAACAGUGGGAACAGUGGGCCACCAGGAAUUCCAGGAAAACCAGGACAAAAAGGUGAUGUUGGCUACAAAGGUGAAAAAGGUGAAACAGGGUUGCCAGGUUUCAAAGGCGAUAGUGGGGAGAAAGGAGAACCUGGCCAUAAUGGGACUGCUGGUGAGAAAGGAGAACCAGGAAAAGAGGGCCCAGCUGGACCUCCUGGACUGGCUGUUCAGCAAGGGCCUAAAGGAGACAAGGGAGAUAAAGGGGAGUGUGGCUCAUUUGGGGAGAGAGGACAGAAAGGUGAGCGAGGGGAUCCUGGGUCUCCUGGCAUCCCAGGAGGGAUGGGAAUUCCAGGGCUGAAUGGCAAGCAUGGUGCCCCAGGGCCUGUGGGCAUCCGAGGGGAUCAGGGACCUCCUGGACCUCCAGGAGAACCAGGGGUCAGAGGGCUUCAGGGACCACAAGGGAUAAGAGGGAUGCCUGGACCUAAAGGGGAUCGAGGUUACCCUGGCAUGAGAGGCGAUCGGGGCAUUCGAGGAUUCAAAGGAGCUAAAGGAUCAGGGGUUCCUCAGAAGCGCUCCGCCUUCAGUGUAGGCAUCUCCCCAAGAAAGUCCUUCCCUCCUUCUGGCUUCCCGAUCCGCUUCGACAAAGUCUUCUACAAUGAGGAGAACCACUUCAACGUCACUUCCAACAGCUUCACAUGCGUCCACCCUGGGGUUUAUGUCUUCUCCUUCCACAUCACGGUGCGUAACCAGCCUCUGCGAGCCACACUGGUGGUGAACGGGUCACGGCGAGUGAGGACGCGGGACUCUCUGUACGGUCAAGACAUCGACCAGGCGUCCACUCUGGUGGUGCUCCGGCUGGCAGCAGGUGAUCAGGUGUGGAUGGAGACGCUCAGAGACUGGAAUGGGGUGUAUGCCAGCAGUGAGGAUGACAGCAUCUUCUCUGGGUUUCUGCUUUACUCAGACAAGGCCUGAUGCUCAGUAGUGCUGUACUGACAAUUUCUUCCUCUACUGUGCAGAUCCAGUUUAUACUGAAGGAAAGGCUGAAUACUGGUGGUGCUACACUUUACUUAUGAGCUGCUCAGAAGCUGCACUGUACAUUUUGUAUCAUCUCUGAACCUCUUGUUUUACCCGUUACUUUCUGAAUAAAAAUAAGAUUCUUGUGUUACUGAGAAAUAUCAUUUACAACAUUCUGAUUUACGCCACCUUCAUGGAGUAAAUUGGGUGUAUUGUCCCAUCCACAAAGAUGAGGUCAACUAAUGAGUGAAACAUCUGGUGAAAAACACACACAGUAUCAUCCAGAUGUUUAGUGGGACUAGGCUUCAAAACAAAACCCCAAUGUGAAAACAAGAAGACCGUAAAAUGAUUGGAAAAUUGACAAAUGCUAGCAGAACAUGGGAAUGCUCAUCAUAAAUGGGAAUCUUACAUUAUUAUUAUAGAUUACAACACUAUUUUAAAAAAUGCUAUUAAGUGUCCAAAGAAAAUGAAAACAAAAAUGCUUUUUUGAAACUAAUAAUAAAAAAGAAGAAAAAAAUCACACUGUGAAAAAAAUUAAGUCUCAAGUAGUGACAAAUAUUACCAAAAAGUGGCUAUAUUGAAAUGAAGAAUAUAAAAAAAUAACACUUAUGAUGAAAAAUUGAUCAUUUACUUGCCAUCAACGUACAUACAUGAAACUAUUCCAUAUACUUGUAGACCAAAGUAUUGUUGAUGAUUAUAUUAACAUUAAGCAAAGCAAUCUAUAGGAGUUUUACCAUUUAUAUGAAAUGUUUCUUCAGUUCUAAACCAUGCCUGAUAUAUCUAACCUUCACUUCUACUUUAAACCAAAGCCUGUGAAGCAUUUGAUCGAUACCUCCAGUUGUUCCGUCAGUUAAAUGAAAUGACCAAAUGUCACCUGUGCCUCGUUUGUUUAACCCCCAUUAACUUCCUGUUUUUCUCUUCUGCUUUAGUACAUCUCACACUUUCACCACUGUUUCCUCUCUAGCUGCACUGUCACCUAUGAUAACCUAGUUGGCCUGUAACUGCAAAAAAUGAAGCGUAGACAUGAUAUAAGUAUACAGAGAAUGUCACUGUGGUCAUUAGCUUUUGUAUUAAUCUUCUUGUAAAUCUGGCAAGAAUGACUGUAACCUUCUGCAAUGGUGAAAUAUAAUAUCUACCCAUGUAUUAUCAUAUCAGUAUUUCUAAUAUGUAAGAAAUACUGCUCUACAAUAGAGUUGUAAAAAGAUUUUUUUUUUGUUACUGAAAAUAAAGUCAAGUAGUACAUAUUGUUUAUCAAA